AUGCCAUCCAGAUCAAAUGAUGAGGACUCGAUCCAGCUCACUGCCUUCCCAAAGUUCAAGGACGGCCAAGUCGGCUGUCUCCUCACCGCAGAGGAUGCCCAGCUCUUACAAGGAUUCUUGAAGCAGAGCCGAGGCAAACGGAGCUUCAGGUUCCAAGAAGUCAAGCUCACCCGCAAAGCGAACACACUGACUGCCCUGCCAACAUCCUCUCAGUUCCAUGGCUUCUUUGUUCUCUUUUGGAUGGGCGUGGCCUUGAUGCUGCUCAAAGUGGCAGCCAAUAACUGGAGAGUGUACGGCAGUAUCUGGGGCAAGAAUGAGAUUGUCCGUCUCAUGAUGGACAAAGAUGUGGCAGUUCUCGGUCUGACUGAUCUGGCCCUAUGCUGCUCAACAGGAUUUGGUCUGCUGCUUCAGCGAGCCAUCUUGAGCGGAUUUGUGCGCUGGAACAACCUGGGGUGGUUGGUCCAAAAUGUCUGGCAAGCAUUCUAUCUGGGAGCUGUCACUUGGUGGUCAUAUCAUCGCGAUUGGCCCUGGACACAUACGGUCUUCAUCAUGCUACAUUGCUUGACUAUGUUGAUGAAACAGCAUAGCUACGCCUCGUACAAUGGCUACUUAUCCGAGCUGUAUCACAAACGCGAGACGCUCAAGAUUAGACUGGGCCAAUUAGACCCCAACCAUGCCGGGGCUACAAGCACAGCAGAUACCACCUCAACCCAUGAUCGGAACGUUGAGAUUGCGGAUUCGAAGGAAAACGACCUUCGUCGACGUCAACGGUCUUCCAAGCUCCAGAACUUUGCUGGAUCCCGUGAGACUGAUCAAAUCCUGUCUCUGGUCGGAACCAUCGACAAAGGCGUGCAACUAGAACCCGAUCAGGUGGAAUCCUUUUGCCGAUUGAUUGAGCAGGAAAUCAAUGUUCUCUCAGAGGGGCUAAAGGGCCGUUGCUCUCAAACUGACAAUUAUCAUCCACGAAACCUAACAGUCAAGAAUUUCUCUGAUUUCAUUUCAUUGCCCACAUUGGUAUAUGAGCUGGAAUACCCGCGCACAGAGAAAAUCAAUUGGCUCUAUGUGGCGGAGAAGACAGCAGCUACGUUCGGUAUCAUCGUGGUCAUGAUUGCAGUCUCUCAGUCGUGGAUCUAUCCCGUGGUGGUACACACGGUCCAGAUGAAAGAGCAUGGCUUGACGGUUCAACAGCGACUGAGGGAAUUCCCAUGGGUUCUCAGUGAUCUACUGUUUCCUUUUAUGAUGGAAUACCUGCUGGCCUUCUAUGUGAUCUGGGAGUGUGUGCUCAAUGCCCUGGCGGAAAUCACCAUGUUUGCAGAUCGAGAGUUCUACUCGGACUGGUGGAAUUCGGUCUCGUGGGAUCAAUUUGCGCGAGAUUGGAAUCGGCCGGUCCAUGAUUUUUUGUUCCGGCAUGUAUACCAUAGUUCUAUCAGGGCAUAUCGCCUGUCGCGUGUCUCGGCCAGCCUCAUCACCUUCCUCUUGUCGGCAUGUGUGCAUGAAUUGAUCAUGCUAUGCAUCUUCCGCCGGCUUCGGGGUUACUUGCUCAUUUUGCAGAUGUCACAACUCCCGCUGGUGGCGUUGAGCCGUACCAGUCUAAUGCGAGACCGUCACUUGCUAGGUAAUAUCUUCUUCUGGCUAGGCAUCUUCACAGCUCCGAGUCUGUUGUGCAGUUUGUAUCUCAUCAUUUGA